AUGUUGAGAAACACGCAGCAUUGUCCCUCGUCGCACCCGCCAAUCGGCAUCGGUGACGUACCUUGGGACGAAUGGGCUGAAGCUCUCCAGGCGGAGCUGUUCUUGUCCUGUUCUAUCGCCAGUACGCUUAGCUACAUUUCCUCUUCUCUCUCUUCCCCAAUCAUUCCUUUCCUUGAGUUCUCGUUAAAUCCUCACGAGAUUACAAGACAGCCAUUCCAGUCUCUGAAAUUAACGCUGGUCGGGGCUCCCCUCUCACUGUCAGCCAUGGAGCCAAGCCCCACUGAACGUGAUGAGAUCGUGUCCCAGUUCUGUGCCAUGGCCGGGACGCGUCCAUCAGAGGCCCUGGAAUAUUUAGAAACCAAUAACUGGGAUAUCGAGGCGGCGGUGACCGAGUUUUUCGCAGAACAAGAUGAAGCCUUACAAGGCGGGGAAGGUGGUCAGCGUCUUGGAUCUGACGAACUGCCUGCUGAAAGGACCCUGAAAGGAGCUCCAGCUGGAUCUUCUGGUACUGCCCAACAGUCUUCGGCCUCGAAGAAAUCUGCCCCCCGGAAAAAGUUCGCUACGUUGGGUGACUUCGCAUCUAAACGUGAUGACUCUGGGGAUGAGGACGAAACAGAAAACCAGGACUUUUUUGCUGGAGGUGAAAAGUCUGGACUAGCAGUGCAGAAUCCUGAUGAGGUCAAGCGGAAGAUUAUCGAGAAGGCUGAAAGGACAACCCUUCCUCCUGAGGAAACGCAACCUAGAAGAUCGUAUUUUACUGGCUCUGCACGAACACUCGGCGGUGAUGAUGCGCCUAGUAGGGUAAUCGAAGACCCAAAUGCUGGUGUGCCACAACCACUGCCUCGAGCACGCAGAACUCUACACUUCUGGGCCGACGGGUUUUCGGUAGAUGAUGGUGAGCUGUACCAGUCUGACGACCCUCGCAACGCAGAAAUCCUCGAGGGAAUCCGUCGAGGUCGGGCACCUCUCUCUAUCAUGAAUUUGCAGCCGGGACAAGAUGUCGAUGUUGAGAUCCAGCAGCACAACGAGAAAUACGUGCGGCCUAAGCCCAAAUACAAGCCUUUCUCUGGUCGUGGACAGCGUCUAGGAAGCCCAACCCCAGGCAUCGGGACUCAUACCUCGGCAGCAGCAGCUACCGCUCAUAGCCAGGCUACGCAGGAACCACCUAAGCCCGACGUGGAUGAAUCGCAACCAACCGUCACCUUGCAGAUUCGCCUUGGAGAUGGGACCCGUCUCACUUCCAGGUUCAAUACCUCGCAUACCAUUGGCGAUGUCUAUCAAUUUGUCUCGGCAGCCAGCCCCAUCAGCCAGUCUCGGCCCUGGGUGCUAAUGACUACAUUCCCGAGCAAAGAGCUUACUGAUAGGGACAUUGCACUAGGCGACUUGUCUGAAUUCAAGCGAGGUGGGGUUGUCGUACAAAAGUGGCAGUAG